GGGCCGGGCCGGGCCUGGGGGGGGGGGGGUGUCACGUGACGCGGGAGGGGAGGCUUCCGCUUCCGGGUGGGGCUCGCGCGGUCGCCAUGGCGAGCAACGCCGCCAGCCUCAACGCCGUGAGGGAGACCAUGGACGUUCUGUUUGAGAUUUCAAGAAUAUUAAAUACUGGUUUGGAUAUGGAGACCUUGUCUAUUUGUGUGCGACUUUGUGAGCAGGGCAUCAAUCCAGAAGCAUUAUCUUCUGUUAUUAAAGAACUGCGUAAAGCUACAGAAGCUCUAAAGGCUGCUGAAAAUAUGACAGGCUGACAUGGGAGAAGCUUUCUGCAUGAGAAGAAUUCAAAGUUGUAGGGGUAAUAGAUAUGAAAAUUGACUGCUGUUCAGACAUAAAGUGAAAUUAUGGCUGUGAAGGUUUCAGAAUAUUUCUGUAAUCUUCUUGAAAAGGAUGACGUACAGAACAGCUUUGAGAAGUUUUUUUAAAAUAAGAUAGGCCCAACAAUAAUUUUUUUAUUCUUUAAUACUUGGUUAUUUUUGUGAACCGUUUGUAAAUACAGUGUAAUCACACUUUAGCAUCCAGUAUUUUUAAACCAUGCCAGGUACUGAACACUUGCUGAAAUUGCUAGCAUGUUCCAGUGGAUAUUUUGAGUAUAGCUGGUUAAUGCAUCCUUUAGAAGUGCUAAUGUAUCCUGUUUUUACUCCUGUAUUUGUAUAAACCAAUGCAGACACUUUGAUCUGUGGUCAAGAUAGGAAUGAAGCCCCUCCUGGCUUGAUUGUAACUAGAGUAUCAGUGAUAAUUUAAGUGACUUCAGUCUCAUUCCGAAAGAAAUAAAGCACUUUUAUAAUGAAGCUAAUUAAUUGUCCUUUUAAUUCAUGUUGUUAUAAGAAGUGUUUUUAACCUGAGUAAAAAAGGAACUUCGACUUAUGCAGAUAUCUAUGUAAAUUUGAAUUCUGUAUGGCAGAGGGAUAUCUUACAGAGUUCAAAUCCUAUUUAGUUUACACUUGUUUGGAGUACUAGACCUGAAAAUAUUAAGCCUAUGUUGUUACUUCCUACUCAAAGCAUAUAUAGAAAUUACCAGAUCUGGUUGUGAGUCUUAAUGCUCAUUUUUUUGUAGGAAUGUCUCUAUAUUCAGCACUAGGAAUUUUCACUGAUGCCAAAAUGAGUCUUUAUAGUGUAUAUACAGUGAACUGUGGAGCGUGUUAAUCCAGUGAAUGUCCUUGCAUCCAGGAAAUAUACUUCGUAAGAAAACUGUUUCUGGUGUAUUAUUCCUCUGCUGCUGUUUAAGCUUUUGCAAUUUUUCAUCAGAACGAUUUAAAGCUGUAUAGUGUUGCUGGUGGAACCGUAGUGACCUGCAUGGUUGAUAGAGAGACUACACAUAGAAAUGACCCAGGAAUCUUUAAGAUAAACUUUAUUUGUGCAGAGAAAACAAGGUCUUUCUAUUUUGAGCUUACAUCAUACACAUUCUAGCUAGGUCAUAGCUCUACAAAAAGUGAUCAAGCAGGCUAAAGACUUCACAUGCCUGGCAGAGAAUAGGAAUAUGCAUUACAUUAAGUUAUUUACCAUUAUGUCCAGUUUCUCUGGUCAAAAAGUUAUUCCUGUAGGAUGCUCUGAAAACUUCUUGAUAACCAAACUGUCAGGGAUUUAAAGUAGUAUCAUCUGUCUCAGUCAUAAUGGAUGUUCAAAAUCCUUUGUAAAUCAAUGUUCUAACUUCAGAGUUAAAGCUUUUUUGAAUACUGGGUAUAAUGUUUUUGAAAAUGCUAAGUUAUCCAUAGUAUGAAAAGAUUAAUAAUGCAAUUUAUCCUACCAAACCUGAAAAGUCAGCAAAAUGUCACGAAAGCAUCAGGUCAGUUAAAUUAAUGAUCAGCUAUUUUAGCUAGACUCAGUGCUACCUGUCAUAAUCAGAAAAGACCAGGGGAGCAUUUUUGCACUGUGAACAGGUUAUCUUCUUUUUUAGCAUUUAAUAUGUAAUUGUCAUAAGCCAAAGACAUGUACUUUCUGUACAAUUUUAUUGAAAAAUUCUGGCAAUUCUUAUUAAAUUGUUCUUUAUAUUCAACGAGUACACAGUUACUGUGAGAAAUUAUGCUGGCCUUUAUGUAAAUAUAUAUAUCCUUAGGCAGUCUAAAAGUUGUGGCUCUUAUGUAUAUCUAAAUAUGAGAAUUCUCACUUGUGAAACUUAAACGCCAAAAAUUUUUUUUGAACUGUAGCAAAUGUGGCCAAAGUUACUGUGAAAUUCUAUUAGAGUGCAUAUGCAUGCUAGUGCUUUUCCUGUUCUUGGAUUACCAGAUCUUUAGACAGUUCAGUAAUUCUGGUGGCUUCCCUUGAUACUGCUCUUUAUCACUUUACCACUGGAAAUACACAAAUGUGGUUUUAACUUCUAUUACACUUUGCAUGAUUUCCAGUGUUGGUUCUAUGUCCCUGAAGUGCUUAAAACAGUUUGUAACUGUAAUAUGAGAUCAACCUGUAUGCAGUUCUGUCUGAUAAGUUGUGGCUACCAUUUUAUCAUUGAUAAAAUUACUGGUUUUAUGCACUUAUUUUCUCUGGGAGACAAUUUCUCACAUGGAAUUAUAGACGUGGAGAAUGUUUUUGACAUUCAAAAACUCAAUUUGAUGGAUAUAAACUAAAAAUGCAUUUAUUUAUUUAUUUUUUAAUUGUUACAUGGAUCUAAAUGGUAACAUUCAACUUAGAUUUAACAGUAAGGAGUCAAACAGCUUGAACUCUUGAAAACAGAAUAGCUAUAUUGGUUCCAACCACACGUUUUCCUAACACAAUAGCCUCUCUUUUGUUGUCAAAAGCAGAUGCUUGAGGAAGAGUAAGAACAAUGCAAGCACAUUUGGUUCUUUUCCUUCUGUAUUCUAGCUUCUAAAUGUCUUCUAUUCCAGGCUUUCCUGAACAUCAUAUGGUUUGUCUAUUUAGUAAUCCCUAAUGCUGUUUUUUCCAGUAUUUGUCCAGUUUCCCUUGGACUAUAUAUGUUUCCUGACUAACAGCAGCCUUCAUCAUUCGAUGUCCAUGGCAUAAAGAAUCAUCACUUCUUACUUCUUUUGAACCUGAUUUUUACUAGCUUUGUUUAAUGUUCCCUGCACAGUAAACCUUUAAGUGUAGUGGUUGUGAAAGUCAUGAUUUGGCAGGUGUAACAUUUACAUUUAAAUUUCCUCAUACUACUGUAACUAACACUGAUACAUGUUAAAAUACCUUUUGGUUGCCCAAAGGUGUGGAAUAGCUUCUGUGUUUGUCAUCCUUUGAAACUUUUCUGUCUCAUUAUUUUUUUUGAAAAGAGAACCAGAACUGUACAUAGCAUUAGCUGUGUUAAUACUGGCCUGUUUGUAUACUCUUAUAUUCUUUAUUUCCUUCCUAGUAAUUCCUAAAACAUUACUUUUUUAAUAUGAACUGAACACUGAGCUGUCUUUGUGAGUGGCAGUGAUAGGCUCAAAGGCUCUUCUUUCAUAUGUGAAACUAUGAUUGUUUCUUUCCAUGUAUAUAUAUUUUUUGUUUAUCUAUGCUGAACUGCAUCUGCCGUUUUAUUACCAAAGUGGUCUUAAUAUGUCUUUCUGCAGUUCCUCACAGUUUUCCUGCAGUCUCACUAUCAUUAGUGUCACAUAAUGCAGCUGUGAGAGCUUAAGCACAGUCAUGAAUCCAGUCCUGCAGAGAGCAUACAAUUCCAGAUAACUGUUACGAUCCUUGAAAUUUGAAUUUAUAUAAUUACAUUCUAGAAAUUUAAAUAAGAAAAUAAUUUCACAGGAGGUUGUAAAUUACUACAACAAAAAGAAUUAUUCUGAAACCUCCAUCUUAACAUUAGGGAGUCCGAGUUUCUUAGGGCAACAUGAUUAACCAAAAAGUCUGUUAACAAUAAUAAAUAAAAAAAUAAAU